GAGCCUUUGCCUCAGUGCCUAGGUGGAAGUAAGCACCAUCGUUCCUCUCGUCAUCAUGGCCAAUGGGAGCAUCGUCCAGAUGGCUCUCCUGUUGUGUUUCUCCACCACAGCUCUUUCCAUGAGCUACGACGUGCUUCAGUUCCAGCAGAGAGGCAGUAUUUCAGCCUGUUGGACUCUCAUAAAGCAGUUGAAUGGAACCGGUCACUCUUGCCUCCAGAACACGAUAGACUUCAAGUUCCCCCAGGAGAUUCAGCCUCAGAAGUUCCAGAAGAAGGAAGCCAUGUUGGUCAUCCAUGAGAUGCUCCAGCAGAUCUUUGAUCUUUUCACAAGAAAUUUCUCUAGCACCGGCUGGAAUGAGACCAUCAUUGAGAAACUCUUUGGGGAACUCAAUUGGCAGAUGGAUCAUCUGGAGGCAGCCCUGGUGGAGAUCGAGAAGGAGGACACCUUCACCUGGGAGAAAAGCACCACCCGGCAGCUCCUGCAGGAUUAUUACUCACGAAUUGGGAAGUAUCUGGAGACCAAGUUGUACAGCAGAUGUGCCUGGAUAGAAGUCCGAAGGCACAUCCUCAAGAACUUUUCUGUCCUUGACAAACUCAUAGAUCUUAUCUUCAAAAACUGAACGUCUGUCAGCCUGUGCCUCUGGGAAGGAGCGACGCUGACCACGGCCUCAGGCACGCUUCAGCCAGUCACUCUCUGACGGAUAGCUAAGGCACUGCCUUUGAAAGGACUACUAGA